GUUCAAUGUAUUGUUAGCUGAAAUAAAAAUAUUUUGAUAAGACUGUUAACUAGAAGGUUGGCCAAACCUGACUAGUACGUUCAGUAACAUUACGGUACAUUCGCUUUCACCUCCAGAUAACGGCAAGUCGUGACAUAACAGUGAUAGUUUUAAACCCAAAUAUACCAUAUAUUCCGACUGUGAAUCGUUCAUUGCCACAAAUACCCAUUAGCGAAAAAAACUGAUUGUGCCUUAUCAAUAGAUCUCCACAUACAGUACUCGUGCAAUUGAAGUUAGUAGUGAAAUAAAUUGUUUGUGAUUUAGGCUUGUGUUGGCAAUCCAGACCGCAAAUACCGGAGAAACACACAGAUCAGUUUAUCGUCUUCUUAAAAUCGACACGUUCGUUUGUCCCAGUUCUGCAAAAUGAGUGACGAAUUCGAUGGAUGCGAGUGUAUUUGGAGUCAUGAAAUCGCGAUGCGGCGACUUUUAUCACUGCUCCGAAACGGUCAGUCUUACUGCACUGACAAUGAAUGCAUUGACUUGCCCAACGUGCCAAACCAGGGAGUUGGUGAUAACUUUUUCAUGAUGAUGCUGUUCAUUAUUUUUGCUGUGAUACUAUACAUGAUGCGACCGUCUUCGCUCCGCAGGCGGAACGAUUUGAACAAGGGUCUGCCACCGUCCAGCGAUGGACCGAAUAAUGAUGGUGCUCCACCAGCUGUCAAUUGAUGUGAAUCGUCAGCUAGGUUUCCUUAGUUUUUGAUUUCUUUAAAUCAAAUUUUUCCUUACAAAAGCAGUAAACGUAGAAUUGAGAUGCCGAUUGUAAUAAACGCAGUUCAAGCUCAAUUUCAUGUUAUUGCAACCAAAAAAUGCAGUCACAUUAUUGUAAACGAGUGGUGUGCAGAGUUGAAUGUUGGAAAUAGAAAAAUUUAUUCUUCGAAAUCAAAAACGGAGGACUGCAAUUAAGGAAUGCAUUGCGUUUAGCACUCGUUUCCAACUUCUUAUUGAGUAUAAUCUAAAACUUUAUAUCUUACAUUAUUAUUAUGUUGAACUUUAGUUCUACUUAUAUAUUUUGUUAAUACGUCGAUAUUUCCGUUAUGCAAACCAAUAGCUCACAGUGAUAAAUUAUUAAAGGUAUUGUAUAGAAUGCACUCUCAAGCGGUGAAUGGUUGAUGCACUUUAUGUUUUAUUUAUCGUAUUAUACCUGUAUUCAAUUCCUUGAAAACUGAAAGUAUAAAAGCUUAUAAUUAUUUUUAUGAUUCUCUACUAUAAUAACAAUAACAAAAACAAAAACACACACAAAUAAGAUAAACUGAAAAGACAUUUGAAAACAGAUGGGAUCCACCAUGUCAAACUGAAAUUUCUCGAAGCUCAGCAGAACAGCGAAUACGAACAGAAGUUGAAUACCCGUUAUUAAGUUUUCCUUCUGAGCCUGAAGAUAUUUUUCUACAAAAUGUGCAAAUUGUUGACGUGAAAAGAGUUUGCAAAAUGGUGAACGUUUGUUUCGGUGCUUUCUAGAUUUAUAUGCAUUGUAUCUAUUAAAGCAAUGAAUUAUAGAAUUACAAAAUCGA